GAAAAAAUGAAGAGCGUUUACUUUGUAGCUGGACUGUUUAUAAUGCUGGUACAAGGCAGCUGGCAACGUUCCCUUCAAGACACAGAGGAGAAACCCAGAUCAUUCUCCGCUUCCCAGACAGACCCACUUGAUGAUCCUGAUCAGAUGAAUGAAGAUAAGCGUCAUUCCCAGGGAACAUUCACCAGUGACUACAGCAAGUACCUGGACUCCCGCCGUGCCCAAGAUUUUGUGCAGUGGUUGAUGAAUACCAAGAGGAACAGGAAUAACAUUGCCAAACGUCAUGAUGAAUUUGAGAGGCAUGCUGAAGGGACCUUCACCAGUGAUGUAAGUUCUUAUUUGGAGGGCCAAGCGGCCAAGGAAUUCAUUGCUUGGCUGGUGAAAGGCCGAGGAAGGCGAGACUUCCCAGAAGAAGUCACCAUUGUUGAAGAACUAGGCCGCAGACACGCGGACGGUUCCUUCUCUGAUGAGAUGAACACGAUUCUCGAUAAUCUUGCCACUAGGGACUUCAUCAACUGGCUGAUUCAAACCAAAAUCACUGACAAGAAGUAAUUGUACCACUAUUCACAAC